CGUGCCCUUGGAUCGAGACGACCAUCACCUCCGAUUCGAAUCUUUCAUCAUGCCUCAGCUUUACAGGCGAGAAUCACGGAUUAAUGACGUAGAACCUUCAGAACACUUGGAACCAACAGAUGUGGACGAUUCCAUCGUCCUCUCAGAUCUUGUUCGCAGCGGCGAGGCAUCCAGAUUGCGGAGAAGAGGCGCAAUGCGACUUGAUCAUAAUCUCGUCAACGCCCAGCGCGCAGAAGCCGGACGUGUAACUCCGCCAGUAGUACUGAGGGUGGAGAGGUCACCCUCGUGGAUUGAAUCUCCUAGCGAUGACGAGGAGUCAAGCCAGACUUGGGAGCAAAGCUACGAAGCGCCGCUGUCGCCGCAGACGGACACGAUAGCUGCUGUAGGGCCAGACCCAUAUUGCCACACAUUAUUUUGUGGCGGGGACGACGAGCAACUAUGUGUAAACAGGCCCUCGGCCUGUGUUCUGUCGCCACUACCGUCAUAUCCACCACCACCGCCUUCGAGCGGCUAUCAGGCACCCAGAUGGCAAACCAAUGGAUGUGGAGCCGUCAUUCAUAUGCGAGCUUCGCGUCGGGGUAACUCUGGUGUGUGGGUAGCUAGGAACGAGGCAUCAUCUGCUGUCGUUCCAUUGGACACGUCAUACUUUGAGCGUGCUGCGGUUAUCCGAAUGGUCCGCAGCGCAUGUGGAUGCCUUCGUGAAGGAGUUGGAUGUGCCAUAUGCGGAAAUCCCUUAGGGUCUAGGUAUAAACCAUGCCAGGCUGCAGCGGAGGGUCUCUUUGCUUCUCGCCAUCACCCCUCGGGCCCUCUGACUCCUGAAGGUCCUAGGUAUUGGCAUGCACACUCAUCACCUCUGCAGCAUGCACAAUCCUACGUGUAUACAUUUUUCGCUGAGAACGUGACAUCUACACCGACGCACAUGACAGCUCAGGACGAAUGUCUGUCUCCUGCACUGCAACAAGAUUUCCUGUCACCUAUCGACAACCCAUAUUCCUACACAUUUUUUGAUCGCAUUGUCACCGCUUCACCUUCACCCAUGUCAAAUCGUGGACGUGACAGCCCCGACUCGGAUAUUUCAUCGCGCGUUGAGCCACAGUUUGAUCCAGACGGUGUGUUCAUCACUGCUGAACCUGGAUCACCAGACAAGAUAGGUUCCGGGUUGACUCUUGUCCUUGAGCGGUAAUACCUUUCUUGAUGAACUCUUUGUUCAGCAUUGAUAUUAUUUGGCGGCAUUGGACGCUCCUGCACAACUCCUGCAGCUCAUU